AUGUCUGGAGAAACGAAACUGCUCCGUGUUCCCGCUGCAAGAAAUAUGGUUAUAAAUGCACUAUUAAUGGUGCCUUCACGAGGGAACACAAGCGUCGAAAGGAGUGAAUUCACCUUACGAAUCCCCGUUUAUAGGCGAUUGAACGAACUUGAAAGAGAGAAAGAGCAGUUACGCCAACAACUGCAGAUUUCCCGGCACUUGCCCACCGUUCACCCGUCCAUUACCCUACUACCGGCACCAUCGAGGAUGGGAGUCUCGGCUGGACAGAACUCAAGUGUUGUAUCAGAACUUUCACAGAGCUUAUCAUCAUCUUAUCCUGAGCACCGUUUUGAGCUUACGAAUUGCACACCGGGUACAAUGAUGCAGGGCAAUGACGCUACAAAGUCGCGGUCUCUGAAGGGUAUUACGGUCACCGGAGAGGAGAUUGAUGAUUUAUACGAAAUAUUUUUCCGUCACUAUGCCUCAUUUCUCCCCAUUCUCGAUGCGCAAACCAGGCCGGAUGCCUAUUACGGGCAGUCACCAUUCCUCUUUUGGACCGUGAUUGGCGUUUGUAGUCGAUCAUAUCGCGGUAACCCUACAUUGCAGACAGCAUUGGCUCAGGAGGUCACAGAGAUGGCGUUCAUGUCGGUCUUGUCGCCCUGCGCUCCGUGGUAUACGAUUCAAGGCAUGUUGCUCCUUUUAACAUGGCCGUUUCCGAAAGAAAAUCGCCCGGACGUGACAUUUCCUCUGAGUGGAAUGUUGUUACAUGUGGCUAUGCAAAACGGCUUCCAUAUCCCGAUGUCCAGUCAUGAGUUUUCUCGAGUGAAAAUUCCAGCGCCAUCAGAGCUGGAUAUGGUCCGACGCUCGGAACUCUGGGCUCAUUGUGUUCUUGUGUACCAGCGAUCGUGUGUCAUCAAAGGUCAAUCACCCCGCAAUCUAGGCAGCUUGGCACAGGACCCUACCCAACGGCAGAUGCUGUUUGAUAUGAUAGCUCCAGAGCUGGCUCAAAAGCUCAGAUGCCAGGAGCUGGUUGGAAAAUGUAGUGAGGCUGUUCUUGAAAAUGGAGACCAGGAGGUGGCUUUGGAUAAGUUGUUGCGAGCAUACGAAGACCAGCUUAAUGGCAUUGAGCUGCAGGCCGUAGCUGACGAUGAAAGAUAUCAUCUCCUCCUUUGUCGGAUGGCAAUACAGAGUUUCCACUUCUACAAGACGCAGACAACGGUUUCUAGCGGAUGUCUCCCACGUCUCAUAGUCACCGCUUGCAACUUGAUAGACUAUAUCCAAGCCUUGACAGACAGGAUGGGAUUCCUCUCCAUGGCGCCAAUCCAAAUCGGGUUCGGUCUACUACUUGCAUCGAUGUCACUCCUGCGUAUUCUCAAAAGCAAAGUUGCCUCGAGCGGGCUGGAAACUAGCCGUGCUCGUGCCUCAUUUUUCACUGCCAUCAAUCUGGCCAAACAAAUGUCGACUGACAGGACCGAUACAGCGGCCAAAACAAUCACAGUGUUGAACCAGCUCUGGAAUAGUAGCAAAGCAUUCCACAAGGCUGAUGGCUCGGAAUACACUGCUCUUCGGAUCCGUAGUCGCUUGAUUUUGAGUCAGAUCCUUGACGCUGUCUGGUGGUGGCGAGAUGAAUUUGACCCCCACACUAGUGUCAAAGUACGUGGCGCUGAUACAGCCGAUGGGAGUACCUACUCGAAAGCCAAUGUACCCUCCCGAACAAAUGGAGGGAAUACCUUCGUGGGAAGUGACCAAACUCGAGAGCCACCCGGCGGUGCUUUGCAGAACAUCAGUCCACCGCAAGAACAGUUCAUGAUGGACGAGGAUUUUUUUGCCAAAUUUGAGUGGGCCAUAAGUGAAGAAGAGUUCCUUUCACUGGGAGAUUUCUCUGCGGACUGGUCAUCAGCCAACAAUUUACCAUGA